UAAAUUUAAGGCUGGGUUAUUUCCAUAUGACUCAUGAGGAUUUCGGGUCCUGCUGAAUUGCCUGAAAAUCGGAAUAAUAAUAUAUCACUUGUUCACUAGGAUGAUUUACCGUGGUCAAAAAACGAAAUAACUAAUCAUAACUAAUCAUAAAACAAAAAUGAUUAAAAAUAAGUUUGUCGUCUGAUAUUACGUGCAUGUCGGUGAAUUCGAUGCCAUCUGAUGAGCAGAUAGCGGUUUAUAGUCAUGGCCAAAGUUAUUACUUCGUUUAUAUCGACAUGAUAUUGUAUUGACAUUAGUAAUUAGCAUAGGAAACGUUAUUGCAAGAUCUUACCGCUCCUUACUUCUAAGCCUUUCAUAUUUUAGGCGCCCAGUUUCUAUAUUGUUAGAAGAAAUUCCAUGCUUUAUUAUAAUGCCCAACUGCAGUUCCAACUGUGUUAUCUCAGCCUAUCCUCUUCUGCGUAAUAGCAUGAUCAACAUUGAUAACCCAACCCUAUAAUCAUGAGCUAUGAAACGCAUAUUUUUUUUCACGGAAGCAACCGAAAAACAAAUAAUUUAUUGACUUGGUGUCACUCAAGAGGCUUUGGCGGUGAAGAUUUGACGUAACGUGCUCUAAGAUUGGAGUCAAGUGUCACUUGAUCAGUAGCAUAUGGCAGAACAUGAGCCUGCCGGAUACUGCAUAAAAACUAGCAAUAACAUCGUAAGCGGGUAAUCUAUUCAGACACCCCGUUGUCUUCAUUGAGAAUUACUUGUAUAUAUAAACAUCUCAAUAGCUUGAUUGUGAUUAAAUCAGUACGUAUAUAUCGUUGGAAUUGGUUGAAGUUUUAAUAUAUCUGCUACGAGAUUCAGUGUCCUGCCUUAGACAAAUAUUUGACUUUGGGUCUAAGGCUUUGUUAUUUUGAUGACUGGUUCAACGUAUUGUAGAAUGCUAUCCUAAACAGUCAGAUAUCGGUGCUGAUCAGUGAUUAACCUAAGUUACUGCCUCAGAGAAGUCCAGGUCUUAAGAAACUACAAGAAGAAAGAAAUGCAUUUGGCUCAUGUCUUGUGCUUGGUGGGGAUUCUUUUCAGUCCAAUGUUGUUCACCGUUUAUGGAAACAGUUCACAGGGAGAUGAUUUGUACAAUUCAACGAAAAAAGAAAAACGGAUGAUGAUGUUGUGGGUUUCAUAUAGUAUGUUCACUCCAGAAACUAAAUGCAGAGAUUCCUGCGUGGAAGGUGUCUCUGAUAGAAAAGAUAAAGAAAAUAAAUGCCAUUGUGACAAACAGUGUGUGGCUUUUGGUGAUUGCUGUUUAGACUACUGGGAAAGUUGUAAUUCGUCGUUCACCGCCGCUUAUAACAAAGACGAAAUCUUCAAGUGUACGCGACCAAUUCUUUAUCUUUCUUCGAACGCGACAAUCACAGAAAAUCAAAAAAAUCUUGGCGUUCAAGUAGCCACGAAAUGUCCGGCAACUUUUACAAAUUCAAAAACCAAAAAUAGUUGUGAAUCUCCUGAAGCAGGAAAUGAGAAUGUUUUACCCUUUGUCCAGGGAUCAGACGGACAGACAUAUCGGAACAAAUUUUGUGCAGAGUGCAAUGGAAUUAUGAAAUAUACUCUCUGGAAUACAGAACUCGCAUGUCUAAAUAGCACAAUGCAAUGGGUAAAGCAGAAAUUAGCAGAGAAAGAUUACAGCUUUACAAGCGAAGAGCGAAAAAAGAUUCGUGAAUCAUGUAUGAUUAAAAUGGCAGCACCGGGUGGAGCGAAAGGCGUGCCCUGCAAGAUUGUAACAGAAUGUGAAAACACACAAAGCUCUGAUUAUUUAAAGUGUAAACUUUACAAGCUGCAAGUCUAUCAACAAAUACCACCCAGAACAUUUAAAAACCCUCACUGUGCGAAAUGCAAUGGAGUGUUCCUGGGGCUUCUUAGCGCCAGGGAGGCACCAUCACACCAGGGAAGACAACCUCCAAGUUUGGCACUAUUAUUUGAUUUUACAAAAGGAUCGCAGAUUUAUGGUUUGAAGGAAAUUACGAUUAGACACACGUGUGAGCCGGGCAAAGUCUACGAUUUUAAGCUUAAGCUUUGCCGUCAGCAGCGAAUUUUAAAAACACCAAAAUUUUCAAACUGGACAUGCGCGUAUUUCAAUGAAACGUUUCCAAAUUCUACGGAGUAUCUCACGAUUUUUGAGAAUGAAUCAAUAUACGUAAUUGCACACGACAAGUUGUACAGCCAAGGAGAGUAUCUCUGGCAUGAAGGAAAUGUCACUGUUUGUGGAAAUCUAACUGUGACCUACCUGAAAACCACGAUGGAAAGAUUGGGUAAAUUAUAUUCAAAAGCCGAGUAUUUCAUAACCAUCGUUGGUCUUUCGCUAUCAAUACUUGCUCUUUUGAUUGUAAUUGUGACAUACUUGUUGUUCUCUGAACUACGAAGUAAGCUGCCAGGAAAGAUUGUGAUCAAUCUUGCCGCUGCCCUAAUGAUGGCUCAGCUUGUCUUCUUGGUCGAUAUGUUCAGCGAUAUUAAAGGAAAAGGAUGUGUCGCUAUUGCCGUGUUUCUUCAGUUCUUGUAUUUAGCUGCCUUCUGUUGGAUGAAUGUUAUGGCUUUUGACGUCUCCAGAACUUUUGCAGGAAAAAGUCAUCGUUCACCGUCAGGCUCUCGCAACAAAGUAUUUGUGUUGAGUUUGAUCUACGCAUGGGGUCUGCCUUUGGUUAUCACAGGACUAACAUUGAUUGUUCAUCAUUCCGGAGCAAUGGAUGUUUCCUACGGUAAGACUAAAUGUCAGGAACCGUAACGAAUUAACAGAGAAUAGACAGAUUUAACAAUCAUAUUUUCUUCUUGACAGGUAACAACUAUUACUG